AUGUUUAAGGUCAGAAAACUCAAUGACACUCAUACAUGCUCCCUAGAAAUCAUUUAUGAAGACCAUCCUCAGGCAACAAGUGACAUAAUUGCUGAUUGCAUCAAACGAAGGAUCAUAAACCCCAAAAGAAACUACAAACCAAAUGACAUUGUUGAAGACAUAGCAGAAGAUUAUAGUAUCUCCAUCUCCUACCACAAAGCAUGGAGAGCAAAAGAAAAAGCUACUUUCGACGUUAAAGGUAGCCCAUAUGAUUCAUACAAUGAAAUCCCUGGCUUCCUAUACAUGAUUCAAAAAUGCAACCCAGGAACAAUAACAGAUCUUGUACAAGAUGAUGAGCGGAGAUUCAAAUACUGUUUCUUUGCAUUAGCAUCUUCUAUCAAAGGCUGGAAUCACUGCACACCAAUAAUAGUUGUGGAUGCAACUUUUUUGAAGAAUGCAUAUGGAGUCGAUUCAGAAAAUGAUGCGUCAUGGCAAUACUUCAUGGAUAAACUCAAACAAACAUAUGGGGAACGGGAAGAGCAAUGCAUAAUUUCAGAUAGACAUGAAAGUAUCGCCAAAUCAGUGAAAAUGAUAUUUCCCAACUUGAUGCAUGGGGUAUGUUGCUUCCAUCUAUUCCAAAAUAUAAAAUCAAGAUUUAGAAAAGGAGGAGAUGAGCUGAGAGAUGCAUUCUAUUGUGCAGCAAAAGCAUAUAAUCUUGCUGAUUUUGAAGGAUUCGUGAAAGAAAUAGACACCAUAGACAACCGAAUUCGUCCUUACUUGACAAAUGAAGUUGGCCUCAAUAAAUGGACAAGGGUUUAUAGCACAAACAAGCGUUACUCAACAAUGACCUCAAAUAUAUCAGAAUCAGUGAAUUCAGCCUUGAAAGAAGUAAGAGAGUUACCCAUUGGCACACUACUAGAAUGUCUACGCUGCUUGGUUCAAAGAUGGAGUUGGACAAACAAAAAUAGAGCUCUUGCUACACUCACAACACUAGCAAAAGGACCAGAAAAGGAACUCAAAGACAAAUUAGAUCGCAGUAAAAAAUUGCAGGUUGAAACAUCAAACCAUGCCAUAUAUACAGUCAAUGAGUUAAAAAGUUCAUACAUAGUAGACAUUCAAAAAAAGACAUGCACAUGUCAAAGAUUCCAAUAUGACGAAAUGCCAUGUUCUCAUGCAAUGGCAGUAAUAUCAAAAAGACACUUCAAAUGCUACAAUUUCUGCUCUUAUUUCUACACAAAACAAGCCUUCCUUGCAACAUACGAAGAAACUGUGUUUCCAAUAGGUGACCGAGACUCAUGGGAGUUACCUGAUCAUAUUAGACAAAUUGAAGUACUGCCACCAAAGCACAAAAGACCAGCAUGA